GUUCAAUCAGUGUUCUUCUGUUUAUUUCUUGGCUUUUAGGUUCAAGCAUGUACAGGCGCAAGGCGCAUGUUGGCCAAAUGAAAAAUUACAUUCUUGACAAAAGUUACUGAACAUACUGAUAAUUAUGUCACAAAUUCUUCAUUUCCGUUGAUGUUAACAAAAUGACAAUACGUCCAAACUGGCAGUCAAAACUUCAAUUACCUCCCAAAAAAAUGAAAAAAUAAAUGUCCAAAAGAAAAUUGUGCCAUCGUGACGCUUGCUACAACCCAUCCUGCAGUAGACGAAGAUCGUUCAGAGAUUUUUCGCAAAACCAUCCAGACAAUGAUGGAUUGGCUAAAAGGAAACCUGCAAUUGAUAAUUUUACAGCUACAUCCGAAUCUGAAAAUUCCUGCAAAAUUGUGCACAGUCUUUCCGAAGCUGCAAACAGCCUUAAGCCUAUUCUAAAGAGACACGCAACCGCAGAUAAAUGUACGCUGACAAUCCACUUGGACGAAAAUGGUUCCAGAAACUCAUUUAGAUUGCAGGACUUUGAAAAUCCAGUAGAUAUUCGUUUAUCAAAUAAUCCUGUUGCAUCAGGGCAUUGUAAAAACCCCAAUCUUCCUGUACGUAGCAAAUCAUGCCAACAUUUGCCGAACACCAGGCAGUUUGUGCAUGGAGAACAGCAAAGUUCUUUUUCGGUGUUUGAUGACGAAGAGGACAUUGAGGAAUUGAUUUCGAUUCAUGCAGCCGACUUUCAGUUUGAAGAUGACGAUUCAAAGUAUUGCUUUGGUUUUAGCGCAAAUGGUGGCAGCAUUUUGGAAGCAAUCCAUGUACGCUUGGACGUGGAUAAAGAGCGGCUUUUUCAGUACCUAAACAGAACAUGUUUCCGGGUAUUUUUAGGGCCAUCUAUAGACGAAACGACCGUUCUGACAAUGGAAAACUUUAUUAGAUUUUUGCAAUGGUGUGGCUUUCUCAAUGUAUGAUUCUGUAAUAAAUUACAUCCAUAUUG